AGGAGAGAGGAAGCAUGAGUGACCAGGUGAGACACCAAAGAAUCAAAAUCAACGGUAUAUGGAUGCACAUAGCUGAGCAGGGGACAGGACCACUUGUACUGCUCCUUCAUGGUUUCCCACAAUUCUGGUAUUCAUGGCGUCAUCAGAUGGGUUGCUUGGCCAACAAAGGUUACCAUGUUCUUGCACCUGAUAUGAGAGGCUACGGUGAUACUGAUUCUCCUGUUAGUCCUACUUCCUAUACUGUUUUUCAUCUUGUUGGCGACAUCAUCGGCCUUAUCGACCAUUUUGGUGAACAAAAGGUGGUUGUGGUGGGAGCUGACUGGGGAGCUGUAGCUGCAUGGCAUCUCGGUCUGUUCAGGCCUGAUAGAAUUAAGGGUUUGGUAUGUCUUUGUGUUCCAUUCAAGUCCAGACACCCAGCCAAACCUACUGAAUUCUUCACACAAACUUUUGGAGAUGGGCUCUACCUGACUCAGUUCCAGGAACCGGGAAGAGCAGAGAGGGCAUUUGCAAGAUAUGAUUAUCUGGCAGUGAUGAAGAAGUUCCUCCUGAUCAACAAGACAGAUCUACUAAUAGCUCCGCCCGGCAUGGAGAUUAUUGAUUAUCUGGAGACACCAUCUCUGUUACCAACAUGGAUAACUGAAGAAGAGCUAGGGGUCUAUGCGGACAAAUUUCAGGAGUCUGGCUUCACCGGUGGUCUCAACUACUAUCGUGCUAUGGACCUGAGUUGGGAGCUUCUUGCACCGUGGCAAGGAUCAAAAAUCACAAUUCCAUCCAAGUUGAUAAUUGGUGACAAAGAUAUUGGUUUUAAAGACGGUGGUACAAAGGAAUACAUAGAAGGAAAUACCUUCAAGACACUUGUUCCCGACCAUGAAGUCGUUAUUCUUGAUGGCCACCAUUUCAUCCAAGAAGAGAAACCUCAACAGGUCUCUGCUGAAAUUCUGUCCUUCCUCGCUAAAUUUUCUUGUGAUUAGUGAAUCUUCCUUGCAUUUGAAUCUGGUUUGUAAUUUUCCUGUUUAUCAUGUAUGAUCUUGGACUUACACCGUCAUCCAUGCGGCUAGUGUCUGUGCUUAUUAUAUAAUAAUUCAGUCCUUCAAUUU